AUUGCUUGGAAUUUCAGACACAUGUUCUCAGUAGUCCAUAGAAUAAAAGAGCAAUGUUCAUUUUACUCAAACAUAUAACUAUAAAGAGACAAAUCAGAGAAAGUGAUCAUUUUAAGUGGUUUAUGUUUCCAGAGCUGUAUAUAUUACAUUUCUUUAACAAGUGAAAGUCACAGUUCCUUUUGGGAGAUAUUUUGAUCCCACUUUUUAUUCAUGGCAGUGUUCUUCAGUAGAAAUAAGUCAAAGCCCACCCUCUUGGACAAGAAGAAACCCAUGAAUUGGAUCCUGGUAGCUCUCACCUUUUCUUCUUCCAAAAAAUACUUCUCUGGUCAGAGUUGGAGGAAGCUAAGAACAGGUCAAUCAUGGAGGGAAACCCGAUAUAAACUGCAAAUAUUGUUUGUCUGUCUAUAGUUUUACUUUUAGGACCUCAGUCGACCCCAAACAUCCAGCCAGAGAUACGAUGGAUCGGUUCAGCUCACAAUUUAUCCAUGGCUUAGAAGGACACAGACAAAGUCCAUCCAUUGAUAAACUUUAGAAUCUGUGGCAAGACUUGAAAUUCAACCUUCACAGAUGUUGCAAUCUGACACUGAGGUUGUAGGAUUUUGGAGAGAAGAGAGGACAAAAGAAUUCAGCCACUGGAUGUGCAAAGCUGAAAGAGACUCGGGUGUAAAGUCUUCAUAAUUAUGUAGUACUUUGUCCUGGUUUACCACAUAAAAUUCUACUAAAAUACCAUGACGUUUGUGUUACAAUGUGAAUCAUUUUCACUCCCUUAGCUGCUGAGUAACAUUUUGUCUAGAUGCUCCUGGAUUGCACUUCUUUGUUUUUAAUGACAAUCUUAUUUUAACCACAAUUUCUGUAAAAAUUAGAAUAGACCAGAAUGGCUUUACAUAACCAGUGGAUGGAUGAAUGUGGAUGAAUCCAAAGAGUAGAGCUGAGUUAUGAGCUGGCAGGCUCUCACCAUGUGCUAGUGGGCUUUGGACCCAGCCAGUGGACGUGUACCAUUAUGCCGUAAUCCUUCCAUGCUUUUCUGGAAAAACUGAAUAGCACUAGAAUCACUGACUCAAUUUUUGGAUCUCAUUUUCAUGACAAAGCGAUUGUUCCCCUUGUACUAACACUGUUGCUGUUUAUAAAUGUGAGCGAGUAUAAAAAGCAGAAGCUGAAAGGCCAGUCGACACCGAGACCUCAGGGGAUCCACCAGCAUCAUCGCUCAGCAUCACCAAGGCGGUCCCAAACAAUAUACCCCCAAAAUGGGCAGGAUUAUCUUCUACGAGGACAAGAACUUUCAGGGUCGUCGUUAUGAGUGUGACAGUGACUGCUCAGAUUUCCACACAUACCUGAGCCGCUGCAACUCCAUCCGAGUGGAGAGUGGGGCCUGGGUGGUGUACGAGAGGCCCAACUACAUGGGCUACCAAUACGUCCUGACCAGAGGGGAGUACCCGGAGUACCAGCGCUGGAUGGGACUCAAUGACCGCCUCAGCUCCUGCAAGAUAGUCCAUUUUACCAGUGGGACCCUGUACAAGAUGCAGCUUUAUGAGAAGGCAGACUUCGGCGGCCAGGCCGUGGAGGCCACCGAGGACUGCCCCUCGCUCCUGGAGAAGUUCCGCUGGAGAGAGGUCAACUCCUGCAAGGUCUUUGAUGGCUGGUGGGUUUUCUACGAGCGUCAAAACUACACUGGACGCCAGUACUUCCUGGAGAAGGGAGAGUACCGUAAGCCCGGUGACUGGGGUGCCGUCAGUCCUUUGGUGCAGUCUUUCAGACGCUUCACAGUAUGAUUAAAACUCAAUCCAAAUUGUUCCAAGUAUCAUAAAGGAGGUAAAUCAGAGGCAUUAACUGCUGUAAAGUGGUUAUGUCAUACUUCCAACAAGCUGUGGUUUUGAACUGAGGUCUUAUAAAUAAAACUAUUAA